UGUAAUAACAGACUCUAUAUGUACAUUUUAGAAUAAACGUUCAUAAAAGAAAUGGCGUCAUCAGAUACUGCGAGUAGUAGAGAUCAUUAUAAAGAAGCUAUAAUUUGUGCAAUUUGUCAGGACACAUUGUCAGAACCAAGAACAUUGCCAUGUAUGCACUCGUACUGCUUGAAGUGCCUGGAUGGCCUAGUGGAGGGAGAUGACCCUAGUGAAGAGGGAACUUUGAAAUGCCCAGAGUGCAGACAAGAAUGUGGAAUACCUGAGGGAGGGGUGAAAAAGUUCAAGGUCAGCCCUACAGUAACUUUCCUGUUAGAAACCCUCAAGAACAACCACCAGGAUAAAGAAGCAGAGUGCUCAAUAUGUCGAAAAACAUACAAGACACAUACAUUGGCAACUAUAAGGUGUCUUGACUGCAACAAAACAUUUUGUGAUACAUGUCAUAUUACGCAUGACUCAAUGCUGGAAGGUCAUAAGGUGCUUGAUCUAACAGGGGAUAAUGCUCAGGAUUUGGAAACAGCACUGCAGUCUAUCAAAGAGCGAACUGUUUUCUGUCUAGUGCACCCUACCAAGCCAUUGGAGCUUUACUGUAAGGUGGAUCAAACAGUACUUUGUCAGCUAUGUUACCCCAUUGACCACCCUGGCCACGCUUGCGAGGACAUUAAACAGGCUGCUGUCAAUAAUAUGAAACCAAUUGGAGCAGUUAUCACUCAAGGUAAAGUACUUGUUGACAUAUAUGAACAAGCCAUUGAUGACACACAGGCUUAUAAAGCAGACUUUGAACAAAAUGUUGAUACUAUCGCAGACCAAAUGAUCAAUGAUAUGAACACACUUAUCCAAUCCAUUCGCGAGAAGUACAAAUCCCUCACAGAUGAAAUGGCAAAAGAAAAAGAAUCUCACAUCAAGCAAAUCAUGUCACACCAGGGUCAUCUUGAGCUUCAAAGAUGUAUCGUUAACAGUCAAGUUAGUAAAUAUUGCUCAAUCGUAGACCACGCCCAUCCUGUUGAGAUUGCUGACCUUGUUGGUCAAAUCAACCAGAAACUUCAAGACUGGACCCAAAUCCCCAAACCGCAGUUCUUGGACAGGAUUGCUCUUCAGUACACAGAGGGAAUAAGUGUCAACGAAGGAGUUGAGAUUGGAAGCGUGAAGACCAAAAAGCUAUGCACUCCAACUUUCAGAACAAAGAGAAUACUGCGAUCGAGCACAUGGGAUUUGAGAGUUCUCCCUAAUGGACGUUACGUGGCUACACUGGGACUAUUGUUUUAUGCUUCUGGAACAUGGCUCUAUGAUUCAGACUACACACCAACAAAAGAAAUAGAAAAGCAUCGUGAAAAGAAUUUUAAAAAUUUAACACUAACUCACAAAGGUGAUAUAGCAUUUACUGACCAGUCCAAUGCGAUCAGUAUAUGCGAUCUUGAUGGUAUCAAGAAACGUGAAAUAGUAGUUGAUGGUUUGCACACAUUUAAUGGCAUCACAACAAACUCACGGGGAGAGUUAGCAGUUUGUGAUCACAACCUUGGGAGCGUGCUGUAUCUUGAUCCUAAUACUGGUGAGCCCAAUUCUACACCCCAAUGUAAAAAGCACACAUUCAAAUGUCCAAUGUAUGUGGCAAUCAACAGUAAAGAUGUGAGUGUAGUUAGUGAUAUAAGUGGACACUGUGUGAAGGGGAUAAACCCAGAUGGCACCAAAAGGUUCACUUAUGGAGGAGUCCAGGGACCAGAUGAUGGACAACUGAAUGGGCCACGUGGUGUGUUCAUAGAUGCAUGCGAUAACAUUAUGGUAGCAGAUACUGGCAACCACAGAGUGAUUCUCCUAAGCCCCGAAGGUCGAUUCCUGAGGUAUUUGAUGACUGCUGAUGAUGGCUUGUCAUUUCCUAAUACUGUCACAAUCAACCACAAUGAAGAUGAAUUGCUUAUAGUUGACAGCAGCCAAAACCUGUACAUUGUUAAGUACAGAGAAUAAGGUAACAUAGUCAAAACCUCUAUAUUGUUAAGUACAGAGAAUAAGCCUUUGAUGCCUACUGUGGAAAAUCAUCAAUUGGUACACAUAAUGAAUGGGAGGCAAUUACAAACGAUAUAUGGACAAUGGGAAAGUAUGGAUAUCUACAGGACAUAAAGCUUUAAAUGGAACUAAUGUCAACAGGCUGAUAUAACAUAGACGAUAGAACUAAUACAUGAUUCCUUAGUUUUAACUUCUAAAAUGGAUAUUGAACAACUAUCAAAAGACAGAAAUAACAUGGAGGAUUUUUAUUAACUUAAUUAAAGCAAGCUUGAUUCCUUACUCACAACUUUCACAAGUAUCAGUAUUGGAAUAAGAAAAUAACUGAAUACACUGAUCAUACAAAUUAAACAAAAUCAUCUAACAUAAGAACAAUUCUAUUUACCUCAUGUUUCUCAAGAGCAGUUUCUACUUGUGUCACAGGUGCACUGAGGACAUCAUCUGCCUGAUCAAGCCACUCAGACAUGAUCUGUUUGGUGUCCUCAAGUACACUCUGGUGCUCCUGGGCCUUGGCUAGGGUUUGCUCUUUCUCAUCAAGCUAUAACACAUAAAUUGGAAAAAAUGUAUUGUUUGUUGACUAUGUGAAAUGUAAACUAAAUAAAAACUUGAUUAAAGGUGGUGUGUAC